AUUAACUAGUUUUCCGUUUUCCCUACAGUAAUUGACUAUCCUGAUUAACAUAAAAGACGCUACUCAAUAGGUAUCCUCAUUUCAAUAUCACUUUCUUAAUCAGAUUUUUCUCUCUUUAAUUCCUAUAACCUUUCCUGAAAAUGGCAAUUCCAGUGACAUCUAUUGCCUUCUCUGUUGCUUUUGCUGCCCUUUUAGCAUGUCUAUGGAUGUUGUUGGACUGGGUUUGGUUGAAGCCAAAGAAGCUAGAGAAGUUUCUUAGGCAACAAGGUUUCUCCGGCAACCCGUACAAACUUCUUCAUGGAGACACAACAGAGAUGCUCAUGAUGAGGAAACAAGCAAAAACACGACCCAUCAGCCCCUUCUCACAUGAUAUUGCAUCGCGAGUCAUUCCAUUCCACCAUCAUAUCUGCAGGAACUACGGAAAGAAUUCAUUCAUAUGGUUGGGUCCAAUACCAGAUAUAAACAUUACAGACCCCAAAUUGAUAAGGGAAAUUAUGUUAAGGCAUGAAAUAUUUCAAAAACCGAAGUUGAACUCACUUGGCAGGUCGGUAUUUAGUGGGAUGGGGAUCUAUGAGGGUGAACAAUGGUUCAAAGUCAGAAAGAUAGCCAAUCCAGCUUUCCAUCUCGAUAAGUUGAAGGGUAUGGUAGCUAAGAUGUAUCUAAGUUGCAACGACAUGAUAAGAAAAUGGAAGAUUUCAAUCUCAAACGAAGGGUCGUGUGAGUUAGAUGUUUGGCCUGACAUUAAGGCUUUAACAUCAGAUGUGAUUUCUCGGACAACAUUUGAUAGUAGUUAUGAAGAUGGAAGAAAAAUUUUUGAACUCAUAAGCCAACAAAUCAAUCUUUUGAAUCAAGUUUUCUACACCUUCCACAUCCCAGGAUGGAGUUUUGUGCCCACUCAACGCAAAUAG